ACCCAGAAGCCAUGGACGUGUUUUGUGAGCCCAAAGUUUCGUCCUGUAGAUUUACACCUGCUUCAGAAGUGGUGCAAGCAGGUGGUCAUAGUGAAGAUGCUUUCGACGGUAUCCAGAAGUCUGGGUGUACUGGGAUGACUGUUCGUUACAGAAACCGCGGGAAAAAAUCCGGCGGAAAAUCGGCGUACCGGCACGUGCCGCACAGCGAGAAACCGCCACAUCUUGUGGCGCGACGUAACGCCAGAGAACGCAGGCGCGUGGAAGCUGUCAACGAAGCUUUCCAGAGAUUACGUAAAAGGGUGACGGGGGAGGUCAAACAGAAACGGCUGUCCAAAGUCCGCACUCUUCGGGUCGCCAUUGACUACAUCAACAAACUUCAAACGAUGAUAAUGGACCAUGACCAGACGAUGCGCGAGAAACAUUGCAUCCAGGUUAACCCUAAAAGAGACAGGGUUGCCUCACGUAGAAGCCCAGAGACCUCGAAGGGGACCGAUUACGAUUCUUUUCCGGUGAGAUCACGUGAUUCGUCAGAAUCUGGGACGAUAAUGUUCGACAUGUCCACAGAGGAUAACAACAGCACUGGAUGGCAGAGUUCCAGUACAUCGGGGGAGGAGCAGUAUUUCCCAGAGUAUGGAUCUCUGGGUAUGCGGGAAAUCAGCAUUCUCCCCGACCUGUGAGUGGUCGUGAACGUCAGUUAACACGAGUUGUCUCCCGCACCCCACCGGUACGUCACAAAACCAUAUACAAUGUUCUGCCAAAAUUUCUUGACGUGACACUUUGAUUUCUUAUGGACUAUGUGUCGAAAAAAAUUGAUGUCUCGAGAAUUCAAACGGCCAUUCAGGGUGUUAUUAUUUGCUGAUCAAAGUUGGGAUUAAUGUUAAUGCAUUUCAUUAUCAGGAAUAGGUUAUCAUGACCACCAGUGCAUUUAGUUUCUACACUGUCCUUAAAAGCUGAUAAUGGACCAUCUGCAGAAAUUCAUAAAACAGUUUCCAUUUUCCUUCGUGGCAAGAUUUACAGAAGUCUUGUGUACCCAGUUGUUUCUAAACUCGGUCUCCAUUUUUUUUAAAAUUUAUACCAUUGUUCUAACGCGUCAUCCUGGAACAAAAUGACGAAAAAAUUGGAGAAUGAAUAUAUACUAUCGUGUAUGAUUAUGGAAGGCACCAAAAGACAUACGGCGCGGAUCUCAACGCAAGGUGUAUUUGUGGAACGAGGGAUGUGUCUGGGUUCACGAAAGAGAACGACUUCAUGUCAUCUUGGAUUGCCUCCCUUUGAUAUACAUGCUUAUCUCCCCUAACUAUCAAAAAAGUGUCAGCCAUUGGCGCCAAAACUAAUCAACAUUUAUCUGUCCGGUCGACCUCUGUGCCGUUCACAAUUAACCUGUGUACACGUUACCGUUACCCCCGUAACCUUCUGUCGUCUGCUUCUGGUGACCGUGCCCAUUUUCACUGGUCAACUGGCAGUAAUAGCCGUGAGGGGGAAACCCCGACCCCAAAACAACAGGCCGCCAUAUUUCUCCAUCCACCGACCGGGUCAUCCUGGGUUUCAGGCGCAUUGCAAUCUUCAUGACGCUUCCUCUGAAAUUAGGUCAUGCAUGCAUUGUGUAUGAUUAAUUUUCUUGGCUUUCAAUUAUACAUUUUGAUUUCCUUUAACACCAUUUCUCGGUAUGAACAGGUGAUAAAAUUGUAUAUAUAAUGUGAUUCAAUAAAGGAAAAUAACGUGGAGAUCCAACAUUCGCAAAUACAAAUGAGUAUAUCAAAUGAAACGGAACAAAUGGAGGGAGAAAAUGCAUAAGUUCCAGACAUUAAUGGAAGUUACAGAGUGUGCUUUAUUUUAUCUUUGUGAAACCUCUUCACCGAUUUAGACAUUUUAUGUGAAAAAGGUUUUAAUACAACCCUUUUUCAAACAGAGGUGAUUAAAGAUUAAAACACGGAAUCUUGCAACCUUUUUUUACCCUUGCGAUAGGCCGCUAAAUGAAUCGAUCUAGAGAUAUACAGUGUGUUGUAGCGUCAAUCUGCAGACAAUAUGAUGUUGAAGAAGACUUUAAUUGAACUGUCGUCCAAUAUUGUACUAUCUUUUGUAAACGAUUGCCGAUUUAAUCAGGAUUGCACUCGAUCUUCGAAGACAUUUCAAGUAGUUCUACCGACAACGGCUUAUAUCAGCCUCUCUUUAUCGCAAUGUUCAAGUCACGUGACUACAAGGGUAGAUAAACCCUGCGACCCCCAAAAUAUCGCAUUUUCUUUCAGUUUCCAUUCCAUAUGAUGUGAAAAUUUCCUGUUUUGUACUAUAGAAGCUGUAAUUUAUACUAAUAAAAACCUUCGAAUGUUCUGUUUUUGCUGGGGUUAGUCGAAGCUGUAGUAAUAGGGUUUUGCAAUUUCCGCUUGCGUACCAUAUGAAGAGUGUAAGUCCGGACUAAGUUGUUUGUGAUGUGGAACAUUAAAACCCCAUUUGUGUGGCAUUUUAGCACAAUAUGUCAGAUAUUCAAGUCGCAUUGCCAUGGCAUUACUCCACAAAAAGUUUAAACAGAGAUUAGUGUCAUACAGAAGAUGAAUUACGCGGAGAGUGAGGAGAUAGGUCGCAUUUAAAUGGUUUUAUCAAUAGAGGUCCAGUUACUUAUCUUUUUUUUUUUAUUUUAAAAAUAAUUUUAAAAAACAUAUCUUUUUAAUAACGCUAAUAAAUAUUCAA